AUGCCACGAGGAACCGAAGGUAAAGCUUCGGAGUCACAGCUCGGUAACUUUCUUUCAGCAAUGGUUGAACAAAUGCGGAUUCAACAUGAAGAAAUGAAAACGCUGCUCACCGCCUUGGCACCCACGCAGAGAACCACCAUCCAGGACGUUAGCAAGGAUCAAUACGACCAGCUGAGUAAGGACGUGCAAAUGUUCGUGACCUACGAAGAGGUGGGUCACACUUUCGCUUAUUGGUACAAGAAGUACGGCGCGGUCAUCAGGGAUUCGGUCUUACUGGAUAGCAAGAAGCGCGACUUCAUCCUCAUGAAGCUGGACGAGGAUGCAUAUCGCAAAUAUGCCGAUGACAUACUAUCGACACAACCACACGAGAUCGAUUUCGAGACGACGGUCGCAAAUCUGGAAAAGCUUCCUGCGUCAAAGAAGACGCUGAUUCGACGACGGUACGAGUGUCUCAGGAUAAACUGCCCGCCGCUGACUGCCAGUUAUGUACCAUUCCGCGACUGCGCUAACAUGAUCGAGUGGAUGGACGAAGACGCUCGACUGAAGGAGCUGCACCACACAGCACUGAAAACGCUACAGUUCGCAGUAGGACUUAGGGACUUCCGUCGUUUCGUGAAGUUCGUCUCAGAAUGCUCCGUCGACUGGAUACGCACACAGAACAUGCGCCAUUGA